AUGUCUCCAGCUCGCUUGUCAGCUAGGUCGCUCCUACAGGUCUCGGGGCCUUUCAUACCUCGCCCACGAUGGCUUCAGUCACCCUUGAGUCGCAUGCUCGUCACGUCAUCGGGACACCAGCAAGCAACUGUCGCGGCAGGUGUACGAGUAGACCACGCCGAAAGCAAUGACAACCGCACCGUAGCAGCAAUGGGCCGUACCAAGUCUGGCAAAGCUCUCAAAGUUCGCAAGUACCCAACUUUCACACGCCUCGAGGACGAACGUCUCUAUCGUAAACAGCACCUUGCAGCCGCAUAUCGCAUCUUCGCCUCGCGUGGGUUCGACGAGGGUGUCGCCGGCCAUAUCAGCGUGCGCGACCCCAUCUUGACUGAUCAUUUCUGGCUCAACCCGCUGUCGGCGCAUUUCUCCCUGAUACGCGUGUCAGACCUGAUACUGGUGAAUGAGGAGGGAGAGGUGGUCGAGGGUGACCAGCCUAUCAAUGCAGCAGCUUUUGCCAUCCACAGCGCCUUACACAAGCGGCGGCCAGAUGUACAUGCAGCGUGUCAUGCGCAUAGUGUACAUGGCAAAGCGUUUAGCGCUUUUGGUAGGGAACUAGACAUGAUUACUCAGGAUAGUAUCCGCUUCUACAAGAGCCACGGCGUAUACAACCAAUUCGGUGGUGUCGUACUGGCCAGCGAAGAAGGCGAGCGAAUAGCCGAUGCCCUGUGCGACGGAAAAGCAGCCAUCCUCCAAAAUCACGGCAUCCUCACUGUAGGGAAAUCCGUUGACGAGGCCGCCUUUUGGUUCCUCUCCCUCGAUAAGACGUGCCAAGCCCAACUCCUUGUAGACGCAGCGGCGGCCGGAAGCGGACAUAAGCCUAAGAUGAUACCGGAUAGUGAAGCAGCCGAGACAUACAAGAAUGUUGGGACGCCCGAGAAGGGGUGGCUGGCAUUCCAGAGCUACUACGACGAGAUACUUGCUAAGACUGGAGGCGACUUUUUGGAGUAA